UUUUGCUUUCUCGUUGUAGCCUGAAAAAAUGUCUCUAGUCAGUGUGAAAGAUGAUGAGGUAGAUAUUGUGAUAGCUGCAAUUCAACCAGAUCUUACUUCAUUUCUGGAAGAAUGGAGAGCAGUAUUCUCCCGAUUUCACCUGAUAAUUAUCAAAGAUCCUGACCACAAAGAAGAACUUAAAAUUCCAGGUGGAUUUAAUUAUGAUACCUAUACAAAAGCUGAUAUUCAACGAAUUAUUGGAACUUCAAAUGCUGUAACUUUCUCUGGAUUUUCAUGCCGAUAUUUUGGCUAUCUCUUGUCGAAGAAGAAAUAUAUCAUCUCAAUAGAUGAUGAUUGCUUUCCAGCUAAGGAUAAUGAGGGUAACCAAGUCGACGCCAUCUCCCAACACAUCAAUAACCUUUCGACUCCUGCCACCCCAUUUUUCUUUAAUACUCUCUACGAUCCUUUCCGUAAAGGAGCUGAUUUUGUUCGUGGCUAUCCAUUUAGCUUGCGAAGUGGUGUCUCGUGUGCUCUGUCAUGUGGGCUGUGUCUUAAUUUAGCAGAUCUUGAUGCACCCACACAAGCCCUCAAGCCGGCGCUUAGGAACACUCGAUACGUUGAUGCUGUUCUCACUGUACCAGCUAGGGCAAUGAUGCCUCUGAGCGGAAUCAACGUAGCAUUUGAUCGUGAGUUGGUGGGACCUGCUUUGCUGCCAUCUUUCAGGCUGGCAAAAGAAGGAAAGUUCAGGUGGGAAACUGUGGAGGAUAUAUGGACCGGAAUGUGUGUUAAGGUUGUGUGUGAUCACAUGGGAUAUGGCGUGAAAACUGGGCUUCCAUACGUAUGGAGGAAAGAAAGAGGUGAUGCUGUAGAGAGUUUGAAGAAAGAGUGGGAGGGGGUGAAGCUGAUGGAAGAAGUUGUUCCGUUCUUUCAAUCAAUGAGAUUGAGUCCGGCAGCAAAUACAGCAGAAGAUUGUGUGGUUGAGAUUGCUGCAGCCGUGAAGGAGCAGCUGGGGCGAAUAGAUCCAGUGUUCACUCGUGCGGCUGAUUCCAUGGUUGAGUGGGUGAAGCUUUGGAAGACGGUCACAACCCAAACUUAAUCCAUUCUUGCUUCCAAACAGGUGUUGAAGUUUCAUAUUAUUUAUUUUCUGUUACAUUUCCUUACAAGGUCUGUAUACAUGUCUUCCAGACAGUUCUCUUGCAACUGAUGCAUAAUAGACAAGUUUUCAGAUAUUCUGUAGGCUGACCUUGAAAUUGACGUUUACUGGUUUUUACUUGGUUUACAAUGUGUGUUUCAAAAUGUUGGGUUCAUUUUAUGUAAGACUCAACAGAAAAGCUGAAAUAAUUAGUGUAAUUGCUGCUUCA